AUAACUUAGACAAAAAAAAACAUUAAAAACUUUCUAUACAAACUAAUAAAUAAUUUUAUUGUUAUAAAAUGAAAUAAAAAGUACAAAUAUAUGUCUACAUACUUAAGUAUAUGAUUUAAAAGUUAUUCGACGUUAUAGAGGGCUAAUAUUUUGUAAUAAUACAUUCCAAUGAUACGAGAGGAAAGAUAUGCAUGUUUAUUGCGUUUAAAAAAUUCUCUAAUAUUUGAGCGGAAGUAUAAAUUGUCAAAAUAUAAAACGUAAUGAAUCUUUCUCACUCAUUAAAAUUAUGGACGUAUUUAAAGAUACGUUAAAGUACAAGUUAGGUCACGAUAUUGAUAAUUUUCGCAAGACCACUCUACUUGUGUGGUCGUACCUCUAUCAUGAAAGAUUCGAUAAUUUUUAAAAAUUUUCUGAUUACGUAAUAUACUCGUACAUUAUCUUAUUACAUUAAAGAUAUAAUUAUUAUAUCGUUAAUAGAUAUAAUAAUUAUUAUUAUUUAUAUUUUUUAUUAUUAUUAUUGCGGCUAUACUCUCCGUAAAAGACAUGUACCAUACAUACAAAGUUUUAAUAAAAGGUCGUAUACUGUGGUCAUGUAGUAAAUGAUAACGUUAAAGUGUGGUCGUAGGUUGAUCAACACGGUCGUCAACAAAGAUCUCGAAGGCCAACGAUACUUCGUUCUGGUUACAGACAUGGAUAAUAAAGUUUUUCUGUUUAUCUCUUGAACUCGCCUCGUCACAACUCCUCCUCGGUCAAGUAAAUAAAUUUAUAAAUCGUACUAGAAAUUCGUACGUGCGUUAGUACUAUCUCGUCUCUCGGGAAGAAUUUGUCACGUUAAAAAUAGUUAAUUUUUCUCCCGUCGUUACUUUCACUUUCGAUUAAACAAAUCAAAAACGAUUUAUACAAGCUCAUUAAAUCCGUAUAGAUCGUACAUUAUACGAUUCUUUUUUACCAGUCGAUGAUCAAAUCAAAGCAAUCUGAUUGUGACUAUAUGAGUCUUAUAAUUGUUGAGAAGUAUCCAGAUCAAAAAUUAGUGGAAGUGCUCGAAAGCGAAGCUUCUAGUAAAUCAAACAAAAUUGGUGAAUACAUACAUACUACGUUUUUGAAAAACCUACUUAAAGAAUUGCUUUUUGAAAGUUGUGCAGAUUGUAAAAAAAUGGCUGCAGUACCACAAGCAGCGUUUGCAGCGAGCAAAGUCCGACAUAAUGAGAAACAUGAUAAUAGUAUGAUAUCAGUGAUAGAAGGAAAAGAAAAAGCAAGCAAAGAAAAUACAUACAAUGGUAGAUUCUACCUAGAAGGUUGGGAACUCACGCCCUUGAAAUAUAACAGCAAACUGAUGAACAGCAUUUGGGGUUUAUAUAACCGUUAUUCUGUACAUAAUUUCAAGAAAAAUACUGAUGCCGACGAAGGAUUCUUAGCGACUGUAUGGCAGACGGUUUAUUCAAAUCCUUCUUCCGUUAUGUCUGCUUCAGUCGUUUCAGCUUCGACUACUAUGGAAACUCCUCGCAUCUUAGGUACCAGAAAUGGUAUCUGAUGGAUCGAAUAUUUCCAAUAUGAUAGUUUCGAGGGUUGCAUUUACUAUGAAUAUUUCAUCAGCAGUCAAUAAAAUAGCGUACCAAUUAAUUUUAUGCUAGUAGGAGAAUAUUUAAAUUAACCCUUUCUAUUAAUCUUCUGUUAUAAUUCUAUCAUACAGGAAAAAGUAUGAUUGUUUUUAAAAAUCUUGAUAUAUAUUUGAAAUGUAACAAUUAAUCGAAAAGUUAAUAUUUUUCAAAAUGUAAAAAUAAUAAUCCAAACUACUAAGCUAUAGACAAGCUAAUGAGCUAUGCGCAGUUCUCAAUUCACGGGAAUAGUGUUUUUUUUUUACUAUUCGUGAUAGUUACUAGGAUAACGAAUGAGAAUCAGGCUUUUUCGAAUAAUCAAGAUAAUUGCUUAUUUGAUUUUAAACAGUUAUAUUCGUAUUUUGAUAUGUAAAUAUGGAUGUAUCUAAAUUUACGAUAUAUGUAUUUCUAUAUGUUAAGAUAAUUUACAAAAAUUUCUUACUACAGUGUAAAGUCAACUGGUUCGUUAACUGGAAUAGGUACAGUAAAUAAACUGUUAUUUGCCAUAAA